UUCUCUAUUCAUUGUCAUCCCAUUCUUGAUUCUAUACAAUAUUACAAUACUGAAUAGUGAAUUUACAGUGCGAGUGCACACUGUGACAGAAGUAAACUAGGCAACGUCUGAUAAUCUAAUUCUAAAUCUGAUUUCAUUCAUCCAUCAUCUUAUCACUCUCGUCAUAUUCGGAAGAGCCGAAAAAGUAACAACAAAAGGUUCAGGUGUAUAUAAUUAAUUGUUGAAGCCACAAUGUCGGACCAGCGAGACUUGCUAGAAAUGCGGUUUAAAAGGUAUCUCCACUACGGAAGUGAACAGCCUAUCUAUAAACCAGGGGACAGAUUUCACCACAAGAGUUACACCGAAGAAAAUAUACCUUCUUUAAAAAAACUGAUUGAAGAAGACGAACCUGAAAAAUUAAUUGACACUAUGGUCAAGGUAAAAACUGAUGGAACUUCUCUGUGGCCAGACGCAAUCAUAUUUGCAUAUGCGUACUGCGUCUGCUCCAACAAAGUAGUCCUUCAAAAUGCAGCUUACAAGGUUAUCCGAAAAGUGUGUAGAUCACCAAACGAUAUUACUCUCUUUGUCAAGUUUUACAGAGAAUUGAGAGGUUCUAAAGGAGGUGGGAAUGGCUUUAAGAAAGCGAUAGCCUCAUGGUAUCUGGUGUGGAUGCCGUUUGACUUGGCAGAUAUUCUAUUUAAGCAGAAGAGGUACCACGGCUGGACACAUUUAGAUGUACUACGACUGGCGCACGUCAAGCCAGUGACGAUAGAACAAACCGUUUUAUUGAAAUAUGCAAUAAAAGGCGCUAAGCGCACCACAGAACAAUACAAAGACAGUGACAAUGAACAAGUGAAAGAGCUGUUGGAAUACAUGAACUCUGUGGAAAGCUUCCGAAGGGUCUCGGACCCAGAAGAAGCUGCCAAGCGUGUGGGUAGAGAGCUUCACAACAUUGAACGGGUACCCAGUGGUCUUCUGAAGUAUCAAGAGGUUUGGAAUCAACUUAUACCCAAUAUGGAUGUGAGGACGUUGCUGGAAAAUCUACAAAGAAUCUCGAUCCACGGCUUCUUGAAGGGUAACAACAUAACGGUGAUGAGUGUUAUGGACGUGUUCAACAACAUGAGGAAGGCAGAGGAGUUCAAAGGACAUCCGGUCCGAGUCUACAUAGAACUGAUGACUUACGAGAAGGCUGCCAAGUACUGUUUGGACAUUGCAUCAAAAAUGGGCCAUCCAAUCAGUAAAAUAACACCAGCCAGAAAACCACCUAAGAUAAACUUGAUGAUAAAGAAUGCGCUCAUGACUUUCUAUCUAACACUUCACAAGUUUCAGAAACCGACCAACCUGCGCUACUUUGUAGCAGUCGACGUUCGAUCGAAGAUGACCACCGAUAGAUGUCACGGCUGUAUGCACCUAACACCUCUUGAGGCUGCUGCUGCUGUGUGCCUCAGCCUCACGAGGGUGGAGUCCGAGAGCAACAUCACCAUCGGAACCUUCAGUGAGGAGAAAGGAGACAUCGACGUACACUCGUUCACCAAAGACAGUGAGAUUGCCAAGUUUGAAACCACGUUCAGCGAAAAAAGUGAAACUGCUGGGCCAGCUUCCGUUGUUGCAGCAAUCCAUUGGGCGGACGUAAAAAAGAAGCCGUAUGACGUGUUCAUCAUCCUCAGCAACUACACGGUGUUGACGAGCGGAACAAGAGUCGCCAUCCAGAAGUACAGAACUGAUAUGAAUCUGCCUAAUGCCAAAGUGGUGACUUGCUCUCUGACUGGCAACCUACGCACUCACAAGGACGUCGAAGGACAAAACAUGCUGUGUGUCAUUGGCUUUGACGAACAUGUUCCUCGGCUGAUCGAGGCGUUCGCCAAGGGAGCGUUCUAGUGCCUCCACCUGCGUCUACUGAGAUUAUAUCAGUCGUCUACAAUCCAGAGUGUUUCUUAUUCGAGAAUCAGACUUUGCAGUAUUUAUUGUGUGGUAAAAUUCUAAAGAGUGUCUUUGAGGUAAGGUGUUUAUUUUUGUAUGGGGGGUUUGAUUUUUAAAUUAUGAUUUUGCUGUUUUUAACUUGAGAAAACACAGAUAAGUUACACUUAAUAGAAAUUAAGUUACACUUAAUAGAAAUUGUAUUUCGGGUGGUCUAACUUAUGUAAGUAAAAUCACAAUAUUUACUGUUAGAGAAACACUCUGUGACGUUAUAUUUACGUUUAAAAGAUUGCCAAAGCCAUGUGUUAAACAUACUCAACAAGUUACAAACUCUUCGGUUGAUCUUCUAAAGUGGAACAUGACAAAUUGUGCUAGUGUGGAAAUUGUGUUUUUGGACAAUUGAUGACGACAAGAAGAUACUUGGAAGUGCUGUGAAUCUGCAUUUAGAGGUCUGUUCAAAGUUGCAGUGAUUAGAUAUUUAUAAUCUUAAAAACCACUAAGACAGUAACUUGUUAACAUUGCUGUGAUACAAACAUUGUUGAGAAUGUUUCACAUAAAACUCAUGGAUUGUUUUAAUUUCGAUCAAAACAACUGCGAAAAAACUGAUUUUGAUAGGAAGUGUUACAUAGUUCAAAAUAUUCUAGAAUAUUUGUUAAUUAUUUUUGUACAAUCGACAUAAUCAUUUUUAUAUCGCUGACAUGUGUUUAGUUUUGUUGUGAUAGUUGAUGUUAAUCUGAAUUUUAAUUAAUUGUAUUAUUUUAAUUUUCUUAAGUUAUUUUUUUGUUUAUACAUUUCCUUGCUUACAUAAUACUGAAACAAUUAUAUUUUUAUUAUUAUCAA